CCUUGCUUCUCACGCUGACCUGUCUGGCUUGGCUUUAUACGACCUGCAGGUCCCUCAUCUCGCGAACGACCUCCGGCACGAUUACAGCUUUCGCCGAUUGAAAUCCAACCCGCAUUCGAAGAUCCCGUCAAGAACCACCGAGGAGGCCAGAGACUCGCAGAUUCGAGAAACCGUAGACAGACCGCAUUUGGAAAAGUACACCACUUCCAGUUUGUAGAAUGUAUUUCCGCUCAAUCCUGUUCGUCGUGGCAGUAUUUACAUCAGUGCUGGCCGAUAAACCGUCCAGUGAUGUUGUUCCUGUUAAACGAGCUCCCAUGGGAUUCCAGGGGAUGCGAGGGAAGAAGGACGUGACGUCAUUCGAGCACGACGAAUACUCGAAGAGAGCUCCUAUGGGCUUUCAGGGGAUGCGGGGUAAAAAGGAUCAGAUGGGUCCCGAUAUUGAGCAGAAUUUCAUCCACGACGAUUACGAAAAACGGGCGCCCAUGGGGUUUCAGGGUAUGAGGGGAAAGAAAGACUACUUCGAAUCUGACGUCGAUGAUAAUUUUGACGUUAACAACUUCGAAGAGGAUUACGACAAGAGGUUGAUGAUGGGAUUCCAGCAAAUGCGAGGAAAGAAGGCAAUCGAUGAUGACGAGCAGUACAAACGUGCUCCGAUGGGAUUCCAAGGGAUGAGGGGAAAAAAAUCAUUGGAGGAGGUUAUGGACGAAAUUGAAAAAAGGGCACCAAUGGGCUUCCAAGGCAUGAGGGGCAAAAAAAUGUAUCUACCGGAAAUCUCCGACAGCUAUGAGAAGCGAGCAAUGAUGAUGGGCUUUCAAGGAAUGAGGGGAAAAAAAGCUGAGCUUGAUGCUGACUGGGAUAAACGCGCGCCGAUGGGAUUCCAGGGCAUGAGAGGAAAGAAGAGCCUGCAGGAAGAAAUCGAGGAGCUGGAGAAACGCGCUGUUAUGGGGUUCCAGGGCAUGAGAGGCAAGAAGGACAGUGCGAGUGCUCUAGAAAAUUUUCUCGAUCGCUACCAAAAGCGGGCUCCAAUGGGAUUCCACGGUAUGCGGGGUAAGAAGGACGACGACGAUUGGGAAAAAAGAGCCCCUAUGGGAUUCCAGGGGAUGAGGGGAAAGAAGGAUGACUCUCUCCAGGAUGAUGUCUACGGAAUUGACACUCGCUUUGAUAAAAGGGCACCGAUGGGCUUUCAAGGAAUGCGGGGUAAAAAGGACGACGAGCCGUUGCAGUUUGAGAAGCGAUCAUCCUACGGUAUAUUUGGAACACGUGGAAAAAAGAAUCCGAGGUGGGAAGUUCGCGGCAAGUUCGUUGGAGUUCGGGGCAAGAAAUGGGCCCCGGAAACCGAACUGCUCGCUGACCAGGACGAGACGGUCAGCAACAAUUUACUUGAUAACAUCGAAAGGAUCGACACCAAAACUGAAUUUUCCCCCACAAUAGGUAACAUAGAUGUCCUUCAGUAAUUAGCUGCAACCGCUACAGCAUGAUUAUAUUCUGAAAAGAUACAAAUAAUUGAUAAAAAAAAAAAAAAAAUAGUCUACCAACGACAGCGCAAAUAUGCCAACAAUAGUGACGUCAUUAGACGUGCUGUCAUCUGUUAUGUUUCGUCAGGAAAAUUUUAUCAAAAUAUUUAUCAUUUUAUUUUUUUACUAUCUACAUUGUACUUGUGAUUUUACUAUCAUUUCGACUAUUACUAUGCAGAGUUUGUUAAUUGAUGCUAAUUGAUAUGAUUGUGAUUGUUAUUAUUAUUUUUAUCAUCGUUAUUAUUUUCUUCGUAAUUAUCAUCGUCAUCACUACCGUCAUCAUCAUUUCAAUCUUCAUCGUCACUAUGAUCAUAGUUAUUAUAGUUAUUCUCAUUAUUAUUGAAUGACCUACGAUAAUCUAGUCGUCACAUAUUAAAUAUACAUAUCCAAAGGUUAUGUCGAUAAAAGAUGAUGUGCACAUUAUGUAUCAAAAGAUUGAAUAAUCUUCAUUUUUUUUAGGAACUGGCGUUUUUUUUAUUUGUCUAUCAAUAUUAUACAAGUAUAAUUGUUGUUAUCUUUAUUAUGGUAUCUCGUGUGUAAUAAAAAUAAACAAUAAAAGCAGUUACAAGAUUCGAUUUGUGAUUUAAGAAAGAGAGAAAAAAAAACAGGAAGCAG